AGCCGCCAAUGGAGCUAGUGGAAGCCGCGUCGCAGGCCAUCGUCGCACACGCCAAACAGCAGGAAUUGCUCGCCCAGAAAGGGAAGAAGAAGGCUAGUGCUUCGCCGAAAGGUGCUGCUGGGAAAGGGAAAAAGGGAAGAAGCAGAACAAAAGGCAGCCCGAAGCAGGCGAACAAAAGCCCGAAGGGCGCGAGAAGAUCAAGCCCGGCUGCCGGUACAGCGGGGAAGAGUAAGAUGAAAGGAAAAAGGAAAAAAAGCGUGGAGGGAUCUCACCAAGCGGCGGAAGGAGAUGAGGGAAUGGAAGCGGUAGGACUUGGUGGACGAGAUCAGGAACCUCCUCUGGUGAACAUCGUGGCAGCGGAUGAAGUAGAGCAAGUGCAAGAUGUGGGAGGGGUGGUUGGAAUUGCAGAGGGUCCUGUGCUUGGUGAUGGCGUAGGAGUAGAACAAAUACGCGGUGGUAACAAUACUGUCGACCAAAACGCGGGUGAAUUCAUACACGUUGACGUUGGCAAUGUUCCGAGCGAGGCCCUGUAUAACAGCAGCCAACAAGAGGACCCAGGCUUUUCACAGCAGCAGGAGUUCUUCGGCAGCGCGGCAUCCUCCCCCGAGGACACCACUGGUUCGCAGUACCUGAAAACCGCCCCAGCGACGAUGCGUACGAUGUUUCGUCGGUUGUUUGGGUUUGAGCUCGACUGGUCCCAGUUCCCGGUGCGUGUGACACACGUUUUCGCGAGGAAUGAGGAGCAGAACGUCGCGAAAUCGGGCAUUGCCGUCGGGGACAUUUUGCUCGCCCUGUCCUACGGGGAGAUUCGGAACGACACGCCCAUUGAAUUUGUGGAAAAAAUCCCGACCAGAGCGGUGUUUGAGCAGGCGCGGGUGGAGCAUGAGAAAGAAAUAGUGGCGCUGCAGGAGCGGAAUAAGAAUAACCUUGGAAGAAUAACAACAGAAGAUGUUGACGGCGCUCACACAGCAGGAGCUGUUGAAAAUCAAGAUUUCUAUCUCCCGACCAUCCCCACGGGGAUUUCCCCGGAAACCCUAACUGAAUUGGUGGAGCGCCACUUCGUGACGAAGGUACGCGCGGCAUGGCGCAAGUCGAUGGAGGACCGCGAGGAGAAGCUGUUGACGAAGUCGCCCGAGGAACUUGCACUGGAAGACAGGAAGAGGGCGCAGAUCUGCUCGUUCC